GCGGAACGGAACAGAGUGGGACGUGAGUGGCGGAGUGGCACGGUUGUGUGGUAAAGUGGCCAGGUUUGCAGACACAGUUGUACGGUAAAGUGGCCACGGAGGCAUACAGUUGUGUGGUAAAGUGACCAAGGGGGCUGACACAUUUGUGUGGUAAAGUGGUCAGGUUUGCAGACACAAUUCUACGGCAAAGUGGCCAGGGUUGCAGACACAGUUGUACGAUAAAGUGACCACAGCGUCAUACAGUUGUGUGGUAAAGUGGCCAAGGGGGCAUACAGUUGUGUGGUGAAGUGACCAGGUUUGCAGACACAGUUCUGCGGUAAAGUGACCAGGUUUGCAGACACACUUGUACGGUAAAGUGACCAGGUUUGCAGACACAGUUGUGCGGUAAAGUGGCCAGGGUUACAGACGCGGUUGUGUGGUAAAGUGGCCAGGGUUGCAGACACAGUUUUACGAUAAAGUGACCAGGGUUGUAGACACGGUUGUGCGGUAAAGUGGCCAGGGUUGCAGACACAGUUGUACGGUAAAGUGGCCAGGUUUGCAGACAGUUGUGCGGUAAAGUGGCCAGGGUUGCAGACACGGUUGUACGGUAAAGUGGCCACGGGGGCAUACAGUUGUGUGGUAAAGUGACCAAGGGGGCUGACACAUUUGUGUGGUAAAGUGACCAACGGGCAGACAUAGUGUUUUGGUAAAGUGACCAGGGGGGCAUACACUUCUUUGGUAAAGUGACCAAGGGGGCAGACACAUUUGUGUGGUAAGUGACCAAGGGGCAUACAAUCAGUAAAGUGACCAAAAGGGAGACACAUUUGUGUGGUAAAAUGACCGCGGGGCAGAUAGAUACAGUUGUGGUGUGAAGUCACAGGGGAGCAGAUAGAGUUGUGCUGUGAAAUGAAGGGGGGGCAACCAGAAGCUGGUAAUUGUGUUGUGAAAUGGCGGCGGGGCGCAGUUGGGAACUGUUUAUUGUGCUGUGAAAUGACGGGGAGCAGCUAAAACCAGGAUGCGGAUGCGCCGCUACCCCGGGCGCGCCGUUGUGGAGGGAGAGUUGCACCCGGACAGUGACAGCGCGCGACGCAUGAUGGCACUGCUGUACGAGGCGAGCUGGCAGGAAUGUCGGGAUAAGUGCCUGCUCAAGAGGUCCAAAUCCCUCAGGACCAUAGACCCUGAGAGCGCGAGGUGGGAAGCUGAAGAUAUGAGGAGGCCCAGGUCCCAGCAGCCGCAGGGCGAGUUCUGGGAGCACAGGAGGGGCAUCGGCUGGACGCGGAAGUUCCACCCCCACGAGCUGCGGGCAUACCCGGAGACUUUCCCCCCACGCCUCUACCAGAAUCUCCCUGUCCGCGACGCCAGAAUGCGUCAGCGUCGGUCCUCGGCAUCCUCGGCAGACUUGCCCCCGGAGGAAGAGUUCGCGAUACCUCGCCCCAAACUGAUCGUCCCCGUGCACACGUAUGGCAUCAGGAAGCGGCGUACUGGGAACACGAUGCACCUGCCCCCAGAGGGUCGUGUGGAGGUGUCACGGGAGAACAAGUACCUCAGCACACUAGCACCUGGCAAGGUGUUUGGCGAGCUUGCCAUCCUGUACAAUUGCAAGAGGACUGCAACUAUUAAGGCUGCCACUGACUGCAAACUAUGGGCAAUCGAGCGCCAGUGCUUUCAGACCAUCAUGAUGCGGACUGGCCUCAUUCGUCAGGCAGAAUACACAGACUUCCUCAAGAGUGUCCCCAUCUUCAAGAACCUGCCAGAAGAAACCUUGACAAAAAUAUCAGAUGUGCUAGAAGAGACAUUCUACGCACCUGGUGAUUACAUCAUUAGGCAGGGUGCUCGUGGAGAUACAUUCUUCAUCAUCAGCAAAGGACAGGUGAAAGUGACAAUAAAGCAACCCAACACCGAGGAGGAGAAGUACAUACGGACCCUUCAGAAGGGAGACUUCUUUGGAGAGAAGGCUCUGCAGGGUGAUGACCUGCGCACAGCGAACAUCAUUGCUGAUGAGCAUGAGGGCGUGACAUGUCUUGUGAUUGACCGCGAGACAUUCAACCAGCUUAUCUCGAGCCUGGAUGAGAUCAGAACGCGGUACAAGGAUGAAGGUGUGGAGAGGAGGAGAAUCAACGAGGAGUUCCGGGAUGUGAAACUUGCAGACUUGCGAAUCCUCGCAACGCUAGGGGUUGGAGGCUUUGGACGUGUUGAGCUGGUUCAGAUCGCUGGAGAUCCAACAAGGUCGUUUGCUCUCAAGCAGAUGAAAAAAAGCCAGAUUGUGGAGACGCGGCAGCAACAGCAUAUCAUGUCUGAGAAGGAAAUAAUGGGCGAGGCAAACUGUGAGUUCAUUGUCAAGUUGUUCAAGACGUUCAAGGAUCGCAAAUAUCUAUACAUGCUCAUGGAGUCGUGCCUUGGAGGGGAACUGUGGACCAUCCUCAGGGAUAAGGGUCACUUUGAUGACUCCACCACGCGCUUCUACACAGCAUGUGUGGUGGAAGCAUUUGACUACCUACACAGUCGCAACAUCAUAUACAGAGACCUGAAACCUGAAAACUUGCUGCUUGAUGUUAAUGGAUAUGUGAAACUGGUUGAUUUUGGUUUUGCAAAGAAGUUGCAGCAAGGACGCAAGACAUGGACUUUCUGUGGUACUCCAGAGUAUGUGGCUCCUGAAGUGAUCUUGAACCGAGGUCAUGAUAUCAGUGCAGACUACUGGUCGCUUGGGGUGCUCAUGUUCGAGCUGCUGACAGGUACACCACCAUUUACUGGGUCUGACCCCAUGAAGACAUACAAUAUAAUUCUGAAAGGCAUUGACGCCAUUGAGUUCCCUCGCAACAUCACGAGGAAUGCCAUGGCGUUGAUCAAGAAGCUGUGUCGGGACAACCCAACAGAGAGGCUUGGCUAUCAGAAAGGAGGCAUCAGCGAGAUUCAGAAGCACAAGUGGUUUGAUGGUUUCAACUGGGAAGGCCUCAUCAACCACACGCUGAUUCCUCCAAUCACCCCAAAGGUGCGCAACGUGACUGACACAAGCAACUUUGAUGAGUAUCCUCCUGACAGUGAGGGGCCUCCAUUGGAUGACCUUACAGGCUGGGAUGCUGACUUUUAGACCCAUGGCCUGUAGUUCCUGGUGCUAAGUUGCUGUGACUCAAGAGGCUAGAACACAUUCACAAGUAUUAGCUGACUGGCUGGAUUACAGGGUGUCAUCCCUGUGGCAUGGUGUACUGUGAUAGGUUGUACAGAGUGGUCACUUCCAGCUGGGUGUACUUAGUUCAAGAAGACGGUUCCCCGCUCAUUUUAUAGUAUCGUUGAGUGCCAUUUAAACACUGUAUGGGAGAAAGGCUUGGUUAACGCAUUUAGACUGCUACGUUUUAUAAUUAAUAAUGACGCUGAUAUUGUUAUGGCAUUUUCAGACAGGAAGUGAACAAUGAUGUAAUUAAUUUGUACAAAGAGAAUUUAAAUUGAUGUGUGUAUAAAGAGAUGGUAAAUUCCUCAGAGCUCUGAGGGUAGCAUAUUACCAUUGCAAUGUUCUUGCCAUUCAGACAUAAAUAAUUAACUUGGUUAUUUUAUAUAUGUUACAUUUGAAUGAUAUAGUUUAUAUAAUGUAUGUACAUAUGCAACUCUAACACUUGCACAUAGACUUAACCCGUAGUGUGCGAUGCUUCUUAACAGAGAGGGAACACUUUGUUCAGAUGGUGUAUUUAAAAUAAAGUUUUUUAUUACCUGC